UAUCAGCAGAAGACAUGGAAUUGCUGGGACAGAAUUAUUGUGCCUGGUUUUAAUUCCAAAGGAGAAGUUGUUACCUUGAGAGACAUCUGUGAUCAUAUCCAGAGGGAGCAUGACCUUGUGCCUCAGCAGUUGCUAUUUGGGACAGCCACUCUCUAUGAUAAGGAAGAUGAAAUCAAAGAGCAACAGCCUCCUUUCAGCCUGACGGAAUUGAUUCGUAAAAUCACUGGAAAGCCAAUCCCCAAGGAGUGCCGUCUCUUGAUAUUGUCCAUGGUCUGUGAAAAUGAAGAACUUGAUGAUGAAUUACCACCUGUUCAUGUCAUGCUUCAAACCAACCAGUAGUCAGAAAUAAAUUACUUGUGCAACAGAUCAGAAAGGAAGCAAUCUCAUUCAAUCAGACAGAAGCAGUGACAGUGGCUGGUCUAAACACAAAUUAAAUGUGCUUUGGUGAAGGGAUGAAGUGAUGUGCCCUCUCCAGUGUACCAGCUUAAAUUUGCCUGCAAGAGUUAUCCUACCCCUGAGGGCUAUGAACAGAUAAUUUGUUGGAAAUGAAUAUGAAGUGCAUCUUACAGAACUUCUUUUGUCGUACCCUGAAUCUCACUUCUCCUUAUGUUCCUAUAUCACAUCAGUUGGGUGCGUGGCAACAUUACAUUAACCUGCUCUGCUUUGCCAGAAAGUUUAUUGAACUGGCGUCCUCCUUAAGCGUUGGUCUAUGACUUGUAGGCAGCACUGCAAAUGUGGGUGGGGAUUCGGCUCGUUGUAGUCCAACACAGCUGAAAGGCUCCAGGCUAGGUACAUCUACCUUAAAGGAUGGGAUAUUUUCAUUAUCUCAGCACCGAAAGACCUAAUCUUCAACGUUCAACUAGUAUUUCCAACUAGAUGAGAGCUCAAGGGACACACCAGGAGAGGUUUUGGAAAGCCAGUCGCAAUUAGAGCAGGCAGCGUUGGGCUAGAUGUAGCAAUAAUCAACCGGAGUACCUUCAAGCUUCCAGCUGUCCCUGUCUUUUGAAUAAGUGCAAUGGGAAGAGAGACAUCGGAGUACUGUGAGAUAUUUGAGAGGCAUUAACUUGUGCUGUAGUUGAGGGCAAAAUCUGAUUUUAAAUGCCUUGAUUGUUGAUUGGGCAGCGUGGCGCAAACCAUUGUCUUUUUUCUUACAGUAAGAUAGGGUUAUCAUGGGGAUGAAUGAGACUUUGUAAAUCAUUCAUUAUGCAUGCCGAAAGGAAGAUCAGAAGCUGCCUUAUACAAGGGCUUCAUCAUCUGGCUCGCUACCUAGCUCACUAUUUAACAAUUAUGGAUGGAGUUCUUUUAAGCCCUACGUGCAGAUACCAAGGUGGACUGAAUGGGCAUCUUGCAUUUAAAAUACGUGCUCUCCCAAGGUAGCCUGCCCCUGAUUACACAUUGUUGCCAAUGGAGUUGAUAGUGCCCAUGGCUUUUCAGGAUAAACCACAGCCUCCCUGAUUGUUGGCCACCUGGACUUCGGGAAGGAAAUUCACUGUUGCGGAUAGAUCCAGAAGAAAUGUGUGUAUUUGUAAGCAAAUUGCUUUGCUGUAUUGUCCAUCUAUUAGUUUUAGUUGUUCUGUCCACUCAGAUCCGUCUUCAUUGUGACAGCUCUAUAGAUACCGGUAGUCCUGAACUUAGGACUGUAAUGGAGCCUGCCCAUUAUAGUCAUAAGUCAUGAUGGCUGUAAAGCAGGUUAUCAGGUGACCAAUCUGAUUAUACAAGCUAUUUUUUGCAGCAGUUAAGCGCAGCCAUUGUUCACUAUGAGGUUUUCUUUUUUGCCAAAAGCCAGAAGUAAACAUUGGUUUUCAG